AUGACGCAGACUAAUGCAGGUGGUGCAGCCAAAGAUGCAGCUGAUCAGAACUUUGAUUACAUGUUUAAAUUACUUAUUAUUGGCAAUUCAUCUGUAGGAAAAACAUCAUUUCUUUUUCGAUAUGCAGAUGAUUCAUUUACAUCAGCAUUUGUUAGUACAGUUGGUAUUGAUUUUAAGGUUAAAACAGUAUUUCGUCAAGAUAAACGUGUUAAAUUACAAAUAUGGGAUACAGCUGGUCAAGAACGUUAUCGUACAAUUACAACUGCUUAUUAUCGUGGUGCCAUGGGUUUUAUUUUAAUGUAUGAUAUAACAAAUGAAGAAUCAUUCAAUGCUGUACAAGAUUGGUGUACACAAAUAAAAAUGUAUUCAUGGGAUAAUGCACAAGUUGUUUUAGUUGGUAAUAAAUGCGAUUUAGAACAAGAUCGUGCUGUUUCACUAGAACGUGGUCAACGUCUUGCUGAUCAAUUGGGUAAAUUUUUAUAUAUAUUGGAUAUAAAAACUCAUUCAUGGGAGAAAACCCCGGUGAUGCUUAUUGGUAAUAAAUGUGAUGCAACAAAUGAAAGAGUUGUUCAGACGGAAAACGCAGAAAAACUUGCCACUGAACUCGGUUUGGAAUUUUUUGAAACGUCUGCGAAAGAGAAUGUAAACGUUAAAGUUGUUUUUGAAAGAUUGGUUGAUAUUAUAUUAGAAAAAAUGUCCGAUGCUCCAGAUGAUCCAAGUGGUUCUGGUCCAGGAGCUAAUGCAUACACAAGUCAAGCUGGUGGAUAUAAUAAAGGGACUACAAGACUUACAACUAAUGAUACAGAACCUAAAGGCAAUCAAUGUAGCUGUUAA